UGAGCUGAAUGGGUGUACUUUAAUCACACAUACCACAGAACUCUAUUCGCUUUGGAUCUAGAGGAUAUUCCAAGAGGAACUUGUUUUAUUUUCUUUUUCGAAAAAAAGUUUAAAAAAAAUUCUUCCAACUUUGGUGAACUUCCACUUUUCCUGGAGGUCAAUUCCAGAAGUUGGUUCUAAAACUUUGUGCAGCUGUGUUUAAUACGGCUGCAGUGGAUUCAACCCGAGGAGGAGAAUAACGGUCAUCGAGCUCUCAAGAUGCCACGUUCGUUUUUGGUGAAGAAAUAUUUCACAAGCAAGAAGCCGAACUACAGCGAACUGGAGAGCCAGAAUGAUCCCAUCUCUGCCAUGGUACCAGAGCGCUACCCGCUUGCAGAACUACCCACCAAAGAGGAUGGCUCGCUGGUGACCACAUACACCCCGGCGGCGCUGGUCUGGACCACCAGUGCUCUUCCACUGUCCUUCCCUCCUUCAUCCCCUACCACCUCGUCCUCUAUCGCACCACUGGACCUCAGUUCUCCAUCCAGCUCGGGCGAGGAAGACGAAGGCAGGACUUCCGACCCCCCGAGUCCGGAUCCUUCGGACCGUUUCCAGUGCGCCCACUGCGGGAUUUCCUGCAGCAGCCGUGCCGCACUUUCACGCCACCAGCUCUCGCAUUGCAGCGCAGGCACCAACGCUAACCUGGUUGAAAAUUCCAACAUGGCCGACAGCACCACGACAAGAGCUGCCUUCCGGUGCAAACACUGCCCCAAAGAGUACAACAGUCUGGGAGCUUUGAAGAUGCACAUCCGCUCACACACACUUCCGUGUGUUUGCACCACCUGCGGCAAGGCCUUCUCCAGACCGUGGCUGCUCAGGGGCCACAUUCGUACACACACUGGCGAGCGUCCAUUCUCGUGCCCUCACUGCAACCGUGCUUUUGCUGACCGCUCCAAUCUGCGAGCUCACCUUCAAACCCAUUCAGAGGUGAAAAAGUACCAGUGUGGCACCUGCUCUCGAACCUUCAGCCGCAUGUCACUCUUGCACAAACACACCGUCUCCAGCUGCUGCCAAAAUGCCUAGACGUUCUCACACACACACAGCCAAAGAUGGAGGGUUAGCGUUUAACCACCGCCCCAAGUCUGAUCCUGACCUGGAGGAUGAACUCAGGUUAAAAGCGAGAAGCAAAAAAUAUCCUCUCGAUCGAACCCCCCCUGAAAAAUUUCCAAAGUGCCUUAUGUUGUGUUUAUUUUUCUUCGCUGGGUUUCAUAGCAGACAAAGACAGAUUUAGGAGACGUCGCACAAAUGCUGAGAAAUGUUUUCCUAACCCAGUUCGAUGAAGGUUAACAGUGGGGGUUGUGUUCUGCAGUUGGGCCGUGCGCCUCAUUCUCAAGAUGCCCGUCGGUGCCGGCUGGUCCGGCCCUUUCCUUUUGCGUGCAGCUGCUGGAGAGGGGGGAAGUGUGUGUGUGUGUGUGUGUGUGUGUGUGGUGUAAAAGGAGGGGGGUAUCUCUCACCAUGCUCCACACACUUUGCAGCGAUGUAUUGGGACAGCUGUGCGAGCGGAGGCGGCGUGUCGACAGACGUUUCAGCCCCGUAGAGCUUUCCACACAUCUCUGAAAAAUAAAGAGAGCAAUAAACUCUGUCAGAUCGUACCAACACUCAUCCCUAAUGCCUUUUAUUUCCAAACAUCUGUAUCACGUCUCUGAAUGUUUAUUCUUAUUCUUUUUUUUUACUCGAAUAAAAUGUAAAGUGUGCACUAAAACGUGUUGCAAAGCACAAUGAUUGUGAGAGAAAGUGACUCUACAGAAGAGUUGGUGCCAUCGUUUUGAAUAUAACAUAACAUUUUAUAAUAAAAAAUGCACAGAGGAUGGGGGGACAAUUCAUCAGAGGAAAUGGUUAAAGGAGAAUGAAUGAACCAGCAAAGAAACCAAAGAUUUUUUAUUUGUAAAACAUAAAUAAAAUGCUGAAUCGCUCGGAGACUCGUCAAGCCACAGUGAGAUAAUCUGCCUGUACAUGUGCCUUUUUUCUUCUUAAACAUUGUGUAUUUAUAUAUAUACAGUGAUCCUGUAACAGAGACGCUUUGCAAUCACUCCUUUUUUAUUCAUUCAGGUCCAUUGUAUCUCUAUUUUGACUUUUUUUUGUAUCUCCAUUUGAAGUGGGUUUUCAAUAAACUAAUUUAUGU